AUGCACUCAAAACUCGCAUUAAUAGCCCAGUGCGAUGAACGUCGUCCUUCUUGUGGACAAUGUGCGAAAAAGAGCCGGCCUUGUAGUUAUGAAUACGGCAAAGUAGCGUUCUUCGUAGAUGAGAGUGAGCAGCAAGGUGGUUUAUGCCCCAAAAGGCCCGCUGGUAACUUUGAGACGCCGCCACAGGCUCUUGCAGAUACUGCCUGGGGUACGAAUGGAGCCAUUACUAAAUAUACGACACCAGAAGCCACCAUUAUCCUCAGUGUAAGAUCUUCCCGCGGGUCUAAAUCUGGAAAUGGCGUCUUCCAAACGCUCACUCCGAUCUGUGUUUCGAAAAAUGUUAAAUCCUCGACACCGUUCAACGGAGUUCCAAGAAUUCCGAGGAGCCCAAUAUGCUCAGAAACGAAACUUUGCGACCAGUUCCUUGCAGUCAUCGGUACUGAUCCCCCGAAUCAAAAUCCCUCAGAAAUCUGGGGAAGCUGGAUCCGUCUCAUCCCAUCACGGAUCGGCCAACAUCCAGCUCUAGACUAUGCAGCCGCUGCUUAUGCCGAAGGCAGUGUUGCAUACGUCAGCAAAGACCCGGCACAAGCUGCUGCGGCUCGAACAAGCUAUUCGAGGGCACUAAAGUGUCUCCAGUCGGCGGUAUUGGACAGGAGCUCCGAAUUUCUGACCGAGACAUUGAGUGCGAUAAAGCUUCUCUCGACGUUCGAGUUACUCAUGGGCAUGGCAUCCUUUGCCUGGGUAUCCCAUACUCAGGGGCUGGCAAAGUUGCUGGUUGCUCGUGGCCCAAGAUUAGCGGACGACGAAAUUGAGAGGUCUAUAUUCUACUCCAGCUACCCUCUUGAGAUUGCAGAAGCCAUCCUCAGCGACUCAGUCUCGGACUUCGAUAACGAGGACUGGCUUUUCUUUCCACCGCCGGAGACUAUAUCUGAGUAUCCAGCUUUCGACACGGCUUGCCAGGCAGUGAUGCAACAGUAUGUCCGAGUUCCGCGUCUGAUGAAACUCGUACGGACAUAUCUACAAGAUCCCAAUAACCUUAUUCUCAGAAAUGAGGCGGUAGACCUUGCGAGAAAGCUCUAUCUGAGCAACCUAGACUCACUAGUUUCGACCGCCUUGGUCGAUACUGCGGAUCUUGUGCCCACAAACUCCCCAGAUCUUCGAGAAUACUACCCAGACUCAUUCAAAUACCACUCGAUCAAGAUAUUAGACCUCCUCGUCCACUACUGGACGUGCCGGGUGUUCCUCCUCGGACUGAUACAGACCCUGUGCAGUACACAAUACUUCUCUUCGUCAUUUCCACUCGAAGAAAUCAUCGAAGAGGAUGAACGAGCCGCCGGAUACAUUUUAAUGUCUAGCGAGUUCGCCGCGAGCGUGAAGCCCAUGCCAACGGGUGCGGUCUUGAUGAUAAUGCCACUACAAAUUGCGUUUGGAACAUGGCACCGCAGCGAGCGGCGACAGGGCUUUUAUGGGGAACGCUGGAAUCGUGCUGUCUGUCUGAAGAAGUGGAGUCUAGAUAGUUCGAAUGAGUAUUUGAGUAUUUGGGGUGGCCGGGAACAGUCGACGGAUGAAUUGGAAGCAAAGACAAGGGCUUUUGAAGGGGCGCCGCUUGAGCCCUGGAUGCGUAGGAGAAAAUGGUCUGUUGAAGAGACUCGUCACAAGAGUCAACGCCUUAGAAAUGGAAUAGUAGAGCCAGAGCAGUAGAGUAUGUAUCGAGAUCGAAUGCGGUU